AUGGGCUGCUGCAACAGAAGGAGAGGGCUGAUAGCCGGAGCUGUGUGCGGGGCGGUGGUAGCCAUCCUUGGAGUUGUCCUUAUCCCACUGGGGAACAGUAUCAUUCAGGGGACAGUGGAGAAGGAAUCCGUCAUUGAGCCUGGAACGACAGCUUAUGACAACUGGGCUGCUGCGGGAGCAUUUGUGUACAGACAGUUCUGGUUCUUUGACGUGCAAAACCCCCAGGAGGUUAUAGAAAGCGGGGCAACUCCAGUGGUGGUGGAAAGAGGACCUUACACGUACAAGACAAGAUAUCUGGCCAAAGAGAACGUCACCUUCCACCCCAAUCAUACUGUCUCCUUCCUGCUGCCCCUGGGCGCCAUCUUUGAGCCAUCCAUGUCAGUGGGACCCGAGGAGGACAAAGUCACCUCCCUCAACCUGGCUGUGGCUGCAGCCUACUCACUGAUUCCAGAAGGCCUUCACAUUAUGCUGGAGAAUCUGAUAAAGUCAAGCAACUCCUCCUUGUUCCAGCACCGUACAGUCAACGAACUGCUGUGGGGUUACACCGACCCCAUGUUGAAAAACAAUCUGGGCCUAUUUUCCCCUUACAAUGGUACAUAUGACGGUGUCUUCAAUGUCUACACUGGAAAGGAUGACAUCUCCAAAGUGUCAACAAUUGACAGGUGGCGAGGAGAGAGGAACCUUACUUUCUGGGACGACAAGUACUGUAACAUGAUCAAUGGCACAGAUGCUUCUUCAUUCGCUCCCUUUGUGGACAAGAAGACGCCGCUCUAUUUCUUCUCAUCAGACAUCUGCAGGUCUGUGUCAGCUAGCUUUGAGGAGAGCCUUGAUCUGAAAGGGAUUGAAGUGUAUCGCUUCGGCCUCCUGCAAAACACCCUGGCCUCCCCGAUGGUCAACCCGGAUAACAGGUGUUUCUGCAGAGAUCUAAAGAGCACCAGGAAUUGUACCAUGGCAGGAGUCCUGGACUUGAGCUCCUGCCAAAAUAAAAGACCCGUCUUUAUCUCUCUGCCCCACUUCCUCUACGGCAGUCCGUACCUACAAGAUGCCAUAAAGGGCCUAAAUCCCAGCAAGGAGCACCAUGCCACCUUCCUGGAUGUGGAACCUACAACCGGGUUCACCUUGAGGUUUGCCAAGAGAAUUCAAAUGAAUAUGAUGUAUGGACCAUCAAAUGUCAUCACGGUGCUUAAGAAAGUCAAGGAUUACACCAUAUUUCCUCUUGCUUGGAUGAACGAGACUGCUUCGUUGGAUGACGAAACGGCGGCCUUGAUUAAAGGGGAGCUGGUGUCGCGUAUCAAGAUGUUGGAGAUCCUAUGGAAAGCCCUGCUGGGCUCAGGUGUGGUCAUCUUUUUGCUUUGUUCCAUCUCCUACUGUAUCGUGGGGAAGAACAACCAAAGCAAGUUUGUGUGA